CCCAAGGGGGUCUAUGGAGCUGGCUGCUCUUCAGAAUGUCAGUAUGUGGAGGAGAACACCCUGGAAUGCAGUGCCAAAAAUGGCAGUUGCACCUGCAAAUCUGGUUACCAAGGCAACAGAUGCCAGAAAGCCUGGAGCCCCUGGUGUAUCCAGUCUACAGCUCUUACAAUGCCACUGCCCUGGCAGCCUGCCCUCUCCAGCCAGUACUGUGAUUGCCAAGUUUGUCCACCAGGCACAUAUGGGAAGGACUGUAAACAGGUAUGUCAGUGUUCAGCUGAGAAUGAAAAGUGUCACCCAGUCACAGGGAGAUACACCUGUCUUCCUGGCUACCAUGGAAACCGCUGUCAUCUCAGAUGCCCAGAAGGCACUUAUGAUCUAAAUUGCCAAAGGAUGCAUAAGUACCUUAAUGGCGGCAGCUGUGAUACCGUGAUUGGCACCUAUCACUGCCCUCCUGGCUUCAUUGGGGCCGACUGCAGUCAAACUUGUCCUGAGGAUCACCACGGGCGGGACUGUGUCCAACCGUGUUCUUGUGGCUCAGGACAGUGUGACCCAGUGACUGGAAGGUGCCAAUGUCCACCUGGCAAAAUGAGAGCCAGGUGUCAGCAAGGUAACAAUGGCUGCAGGGUCACCUUGUCCGUCCAGGCACUAACUAAGCUACACUAUGAAAGCAGAUGUGGUGCCAAGGAAUAUAAUUCAAUGGGCAUUGUUUAUAACACUUUCUUCUUAAAUGCGGCUUUAAUAAUAUGAAAGUACACACUCUUGUUGAACUGUAUAGCAAAUAGCCUACCGAAGGGUAAAAAAAAAUUGAAAACAAAAACAAAGAAUUAUUGAUGCAAACUCUUGACGAGGAGCAAAUUUUGAAAUAACUUUGGCUAACUUUUGCAAAACCACCCCAAAUUGUGUGUUGGGGAUGUCUAAUUAUAAGAACUGAAAAGUUUUAUAUUUUCUCCAACUUUCAGAAGCCCAUUGAAAGCUGGAAGAAAACUGAGAGACAAAAAGGAAAAUAUGGUCUUUGUUUAAAGCUAUAAAACUUUCUUGGGGCGCCUGGGCGACUUAGUUAAGUGUCCGACUUCAGUUCAGGUCAUGAUGUCACGGCUUGUGGGUUGGAGCCCUGCGUCAGGCUCUGUGCUGACAGCUCACAGCCUGGAGCCUGCUUUGGAGUCUGUGUCCCCCUCUCUCUCUGCCCCUCCCCUGCUCAUGAUCUCUCUCUGUCUCUCAAAAAUAAAUAAAAGUUAAAAAAAUUGUUUUAAAUUACAAAACCUUCUUGUCCUAAAUCAUAUUAUUAUUAUCACAAUAAUAGUCAUAACAGAAGAACUCUCAAGUUCAGUGAAAUGAUAUGCAGAGAGCCACUUCUCUAUGGCAUUCACAGAGGGGCAAAACCAAUGACCCUUUGUUAAAAAAACUAGGGUUGGCUGCAUGAGCAUGCUGUAGGAGCUUCCUUUAACCUCACUGUGCAUCACAGAGUUGCAGGAAAUUGGAAUGAAACCAGGAAGUGCACAGACCUAGCAUCUUUGAAGUCUGCCCUAGGAUAGAGGGGAUCUAUGGGUGAUAAGCAGCCUUGCAGCUAACGGGAGCUCAGCCUACACACACACACACACACACAGACACACACACACAUACACACACCACAACUUUGUGUCAUAUGGAAUUUUACUCUGGGCCCAGGAGGCUUCCAACUGGCUGAAAUGAUUUUUCUAGCCCCAGAUCCAUACUCACCUCCCCUAAAUAGCUAGUGCACACAAAGCUAACCAGAUACAAGAAAUUAAAAGCAAAAACAAAAACUUGAUGCAUUAAAAAAAAAAAAAAACACCCUCCUCCCAUUUUGGAAGCAAUAUAUGAAACCAUUCAAAGCUUUGGUUACUUUUUCAGUGAAAAUUCUAUAAGAAGAGUAAAGGAGAAAAGAAAUAAGAAAACAAAAAGCAGAUGGACAUCGAGCACAGAAGUUUUGCUACAAAGCACAUGGAAAUAUUAAGCAGAAUUUCUUCCAAGAAUUUGAAGGACAUAAUGAAAAAGCUUUCUCUACAAAUCGUGAGUGCAACGCAGAGAUACAAGGGUUCAUGGAAUAAAUGAAAAGACAACAAAGGGAAAUGAAAAAGUAAGCUGGCAGAGCUCUGAAAGACGUAUAAAUGAAAAUUAAACCUCACAUCAUAGAAAUGAAGACCAUAUUGAACACAGGUAAUAGGAGGAUUGAAUUCGCUUAUGUGACAGCCAGGUACAUGGAGAAUAUGCUUGAGAAAAGUGAAAACAAUGAAAUGGGGAAAAGAGGGAGAAAUAUAUAUAAGUGCAAAAUAAAAUAUUCAAGUAUAAUAUUCAAGAUUUUUUUCCCCUGAAAUGAAAAAAAGAUCCACUGCUACAGAUUGAACACAUUCUAUCCUUGGAAACUCGACUUAAGGUUGAUCAGAAGCAAGGGGAAUCUCCAUUGGGGACAUAAGAAAAAAAGUGAGAUCUCAUAUGAAGAGAGGGGGAAAAAAAUCAGUCUGGCCUCAUGCCUCACGGUAAUAAUCACAACCAUUGCUAGCAUGUGGGUAAUCAAUGCCUGUGAAGUUCUUGGGAAAAAAUAUGACUCAAAUAUUUUAUACAUGGUUAAACUUUAUUCAAGGAUAGCAUGACUGAAAAUGAACAACUAUUUUUAGUAAUAACAAGUUGUUGGGAAUAUGGUCACAAUAAAAUAUUUUUGAAGAAACUGUAGAAGAUAAAUUUGAGCAACCAAGUAAUAAAUGAAAGAUCUCUGUUAAAAAGACUAAUAGUGAGUAUUAAAUCUAUAUUUAUUAAGGCUAAGUUUAAAACAAGUGUGGGAAUUAUGGUCACUUGACGUAAGAUAACUAUAUAAAUAUUUAACAGUAUAGCAAUUUUGAUAGUUAAGCAAAACAGGCAUAAACUGGAAGGAAAGAGAAGAUGAAGGGGGAUAAGUAUACUGACCUUAUUUCUUCAUGAAAAGUUGUAGAAUAGGAGGGAUGGAUCUGUGUCAAAAUGUAUUACUUAAAUAUGACAACUCAAUAAGCAUGCUUAAAAGUAUAAAGGUAAAUGCUGGAACUUAAAAUUCUGGAACUGAGGAUUUAAGAACAAAAACAUAGCCAACUAAAAUCAGGUGAAGGAGAGGAAUAAAAAAAUUAAAAGAAAAUUGAAAAUUAAGAGAAAAGAAAAUUAACAAUUAAGAGAAAGAAGAUUCAUAUUAAUGCCAUAACCACUCAGCAAGCCAAUCUGUACUAAAUAAAGAAAUUAAUUACACUAUGUAAUAAUAUAUUUACUGUCUAAAAAAGAGUCUCUGGACUAUAUAAAAUAAUAUAUAUAAGACUUAACUUAGAGAAAGAUGGAGUACACACACUUGUCCCUCUUCCUUCCUGUAAACAGUAGAAUUUUUGUCGCCAUAUUGAAAGCAAACAUAAGAAUCUCUGAUGUGGAGAGAACAAGGCAGACUUGCUAGGGACUUCAGGGAUCUAGGGAACAGGAAUCGUGAAUUCCUUGGGUUUUCAUUUUGACCCAUAUAUCCUGGACUGGGAGAACCUGCAACCCAGAAGGCCAACGGGUGCAGACAAAAGAAAAAUCCAAGAUAUGCCUGCUUUCUCUAAAUGAAAGACCAGGAAAAGGGCAGUGAAGCAAGAGAGAAAACUCAGACAAUAACUGAUCAAUACUCCAGUCAAACACUAAAGAAUAAAACUGCAUCCUUGGCUCUAACCUCACUAGCAAAGGCCAAAUGAGGAGUCUGCCCUUCAGACUCCAUCUGGAUAUGUGAGGUACCUUUGCCACACACAAGUCGGUGUGAGAGAAAGAGCUGGGACUUUCACCCCUGCCACAUAGGGAUGUAUCUUCUUCCCUGGCUAUGCCAGUGGAAACCAUGUGGAAAGCGUGAACUUCCACCCCCACUGGAUGAUAUGGAGACACCACUGGUUCCUUCUAGGGUGGUGUCACAGGAGAUCAGGGCUUUCACAACCAUCAAGCACCAAUGAGGCAACCUUGUGCAAUGUCAGUGGAGGUGGAGUGGGGAGCCAUAGGAGCCACUUCUACCCCUCCAUCAGAUAGGUGUCAUGAGAGGCCCCAUGGGGAGCCUGAACCCUCACACCGACCCAGCAGGAAUGAUGCAGAUUUAACAAUGCCCCACUUGGGGGCUAUGUGGAGAACUUGGAUUUCAACUUCCAUCUGAUGAGCCUCUUUCCUUGCAAGUACAGUAUCAUAGGAGACUUGCUAAAACAUUAAAUGAGAUCUAGAAUCUUAUAUGAUAAUAUUCAAAAUAUCCACGUUUCAUUAAAAAAUUAUCCAUCAUACCAACAACCAGGAACAUUCCGAUUUGAAUAAGAAAAUAAUCAACAGACAGCAACACUCUGAUGAUAUUGAUUUUAAAAUUAUCUGAUCAGAAGUUUAAAUAAGCCAUUAUAAGUAAAAAUACUUCAGUGAGCAACUUUUGCCAUGUGUAAACCAAAUUAAAAAAAAAAAAAAUAAGCUCAGCAAAGAAUAAGAAACAUAAAGAAGAGCCAAAUGGAAACUUGAGACUUGGAAAAUACAAUAUUCAAAAAAACCCAAAAAACAUAAUUAAUGAAUGGGCUUAAUAGAACAAUGGAGAGGAGAAAGGGACAUAUCAAUACAUUUGAAGAUAAAACAAUAGAAAUUACUCAAUUUCAACAAUAGACAGGGAAAAGAAAAAAAAAAAAAGAAGAACCUCAAGGACCUGUGGAACUAUUAAAAAAAUCUGGGGCGCCUGGGUGGCUCAGUCCGUUAAGAAUCCGACUCCAGCUCAGGUCAUGAUCUCAUGGUUCAUGAGUUCAGGCCCCGCUUCGGGCUCUGUGCUGACAGCUCAGAGCCUGGAGCCUGCUUCAGAUUCUAUGUCUCUGUAUCUCUCUCUGCCCCUCCCAGCUCACACUUUGUCUCUCUCUGUGUCUCAGAAAUAAACAUUAAAAAAUAUUAAUAUGUCAUUUGCAAAUAUCUUUUCCCAUUCCGUCAGUUGUCUUUUAGUUUUGUUGAUUGUUUCCUUUGCAGUGCAGAAGCUUUUUAUCUUCAUUAGGUCCCAAUAGUUCAUUGUUGCUUUUAAUUCCCUUGCCUUUGGAGAUGUGUCAAGUAAGAAAUUGCUGUGGCUGAGGUCAGAGAGGUUUUUCCUUGCUUUCUCCUCUAGGGUUUUGAUGGUUUCCUGUCUCACAUUCAGGUCCUUUAUCCGUUUUGAGUUUAUUUUUGUGAAUGGUGUAAGUAAGUGGUCUAGUUUCAUUCUUCUGCAUGUUACUGUCUAGUUCUCCCAGCACCAUUCGUUAAAGAGACUGUCUUUUUUCCAUUGGAUAUUCUUUCCUGCUUUGUCAAAAAUUAGUUGGCCAUACUUUUGUGGGUCCAAUUCUGGAGUCUCUACUCUAUUCCACUGGUCUAUGUGUCUGUUUUUGUGACAAUACCAUGCUGUCUUGAUGAUUACAGCUUUGUAGUAGAGGAAAAGAUAAUUGCAAAUGACAUAUCAGAUAAAGGGCUAGUAUCCAAAAUCUAUAAAGAACUCACCAAACUCCACACCCGAAAAACAAAUAAUCCAGGGAAGAAAUGGGCAGAAAACAUGAGUAGACACUUCUCUAAAGAAGACAUCCAGGUGGCCAACAGGCACAUGAAAAGAUGCUCAACGUCACUCCUCAUCAGGGAAAUACAAAUCAAAACCACACUGAGAUAUCACCUCACGCCAGAGUGGCUAAAAUGAACAAAUCAGGAAACUAUAGAUGCUGGAAAGGACAUGGAGCAAUGGGAACCCUCUUGCACUGUUGGUGGGAAUGCAAACUGGUGCAGCCACUCUGGAAAACAGUGUGGAGUUUCCUCAAAAAAUUAAAAAUAGAUCUACCCUACAACCCAGCAAUAGCACUGCUAGGAAUUUACCCAAGGGAUACAGGAGUGCUGAUACAAAGGGGCACUUGUACCCCAAUGUUUAUAGCAGCACUUUCAACAAUAGCCAAGUUAUGGAAGGAGCCUAAAUGUCCAUCAACUGAUGAAUGGAUAAAGAAAUUGUGGUUUAUAUAUAAAAUGGAAUACUACAUGGCAAUGAGAAAGAAUGAAAUAUGGCCUUUUGUAGCAACGUAGAUGGAACUGGAGAGUGUGAUGCUAAGUGAAAUAAGUCAUACAAAGAAAGACAGAUACCAUAUGUUUUCACUCUUAUGUGGAUCCUGAGAAACUUAACAGAAGACCAUGGGGGAGGGGAAGGAAAAAAAAAAAGCUAGAGAGGGAGGGAGACAAACCAUAAGAGACUCUUAAAAACUGAGAAUAAACUGAAGGUUGAUGGGCGGUGGGAGGGAGGGGAAAGUGGGUGAUGAGCAUUGAGGAGCGCACCUGUUGGGAUAAACACUUCAUAUUAAAAAAAAAUUUUUUUAAAAGAUCUAACAUUUCUACAUUUCUGUCAUCAGAAUCCCAGAUGAGAGGAGAAAAAAGUAGGGCUGAAAAAAUAUUUAAAGGAAUAAUGGUUGGACUGACACAUGAAAAAAUGCUCAACAUCACUCAUCAUCAGGGAAAUACAAAUCAAAACCACAAUGAGAUACCACCUCACACUUGUCAGAAUGGCUAACAUUAACAACUCAGGCAACAGCAGAUGUUGGCGAGGAUGCGGAGAAAGAGGAUCUCUUUGCAUUGUUGGUGGGAAUGCAAACAGGUGUAGCCACUCUGGAAAAGAGUAUGGAGGUUCCUCAAAAAACUAAAAAUAGAACUACCCUAUGACCCAGCAACUGCACUACUAGGUAUUUAUCCAAGGGAUUACAGGUGUGCUGUUUCGAAAGGGCAUAUACACCCCAAUGUUUAUAGCAGCACUAUCAACAAUAGCCAGAGUAUGGAAAGAGCCCAAAUGUCCAUGGAUAGAUGAAUGGAUAAAGAUGUGAUAUAUAUACAAUGGAGUAUUACUCAGCAAUCAAAAAGAAUGAAAUCUUGCCACUUGCAACUAGGUGGAUGGAACUAGAGGGUAUUAUGCUAAGUGAAAUUAGUCAGUUAGAGAAAGACAAAUAUCAUAUGACUUCACUCAUAUGAGGACUUUAAGAGACAAAACAGAUGAAAUAAGGGAAGGGAAGCAAAAAUAAUAUAAAAACAGGGAGGGGGACAAAACAUAAGAGACUAUUAAAUAUGGAGAACAGAGGGUUACUGGAGGGGUUGUGGGAGGAGGGAUGGGCUAAAUGGGUAGGUGGCAUUAAGGAAUCUACCCUUGAAAUCAUUGUUGCACUAUAUGCUAAUUUGGAUAUAAAUUAAAAAAAAUAAAAUUUAAAAAAUUUUUAAAAAAGAAGUAAUGUUUAACCUUCUUAGGUUAUAUUUGUAUAUGUUUUAAUAUAAAUAUUCCAGAGAUCGUAUAAAAUUCCUAAAAAUCAGUCAUGGUAUAAUGUUACCACUCAUAAUUCCAGUUAUCAUCAUAAAAUGUUAUAUGUUACAGAAAUAAAAUUUUGGGGUCAAUUGGACUACAAAAAAAUGAAUAAAUAAAUAAAUAAACAAAUAAAUAAAUAAAUAAAGGUCAGAAAUUUCCUAAAUAUGACAAAAAAUAUAAACUUACAGAUUCAAGAAGCUGUGUGAAUGACAAACAAGACAAAGAAAUAUACAAAAGACAUAUCAGCAUUAAAUUUCUAAAAACUAAAAAAGAAAGUCUUGAAAACAACAGAAAGAAAGAAAUAAUGCCCAUAUUAGCUUAGAAAAAAAGAUUCCAAAAUAAAAUGACAUUAAAUGAAUGGGUACAAGUCACACAAAACACAUGUGAGAAAAAUAAAGCAGUGGUCAUGACAUCAGUAUAAAACAAUAUUAAAUUUUAUGACAAUGAUCAACUAAUGGGAAAGACACAUAAUAAUAGGGAAUAAAAUUCAUAAUGAAGAUUGAAAUAUAGUAGAUAUGUAUAAAGCAAAUAACAUAAUAUCAAAAUUCAUAAAGCAAAAGCCAUAGUCUAUACAAGCAGAAAUAGUAAGAGCUUAUCAAUAGAAGACUAAUUCAUUUAUGUUAACUCAUACACAUAAAACUGUAUACACAUAUACAGAAAAAAAUAACUUACAGAAGUUUGAACAUAGCAAGGUAUAUCUAAUUGUUAGAAACCAAAUUCUGUGGCCUAAGAAAGAUAUUAUAUCUUUUUCAAGGAUCCAUGAGACAUUCACAAAAAUUGAAAAAGAAAAUAAAUCAAUUCCAAAAAGUAUGAUUUAUGGCAUUCUAUGAUCAAAGCAGUAAAACAGGAACUAAUAACAAAACUAACUCCCUACCAGGGAAAAAGCCCACCACACUAUACUGCAUAGGCAUUUUGAAAUUUUCUUAAAUAAUGGCUCAAAAAGGGAAACAAAACCAGUAUUUCAAAAA